UUGACCCUUCGCCGGCCGGCCAUGAGACCAGCAACGAGCGUCUCGGUGAUCGCCGUGGCAGCCUAGCACGCAGCAGCAUCUCGUUCCAUCGAGCACGUCCCUUCUUGCUCCAGUAGCUCGCUCGCCCCGCGCGCCCGCCCGCGGCCAUGAAGCCAGCAGCAGGCAAGGCGGCCGCGCCGGACCUCCCCGCGGCGGCGGCCUCGCGCCGCCGCCUGGCCGCCGUGCUGGCGCCGCUGCUCCUCUUCCUCGCCGCCGCGCUCUCCUUCCCCUCCACGCUCCGCCUCCCGCUCCUUCUCCCCCCCGCCGCCGCGCCGCCGCCGCCCCGCGUCGCCGUGUGCCUCGUCGGCGGCGCGCGGCGGUUCGAGCUCACGGGCCCCUCCAUCGCGCGCCACGUGCUGGGGGGCUCCUACCGCGACCAACCGGUGGACGUGUUCCUGCACAGCCCGCUGGACGCCGACGCCUACAAGCUCUCCCUCCUCGCGCCGCCGCGGGGGGUCAGCCUCGCCGCCGUGCGCGUGUUCCGGCCGGAGCCCGUCGAGGAGACGCCGGAGGGCGCGCAGGUGCUCACCGCGCUCAACUCGCCCAACGGCAUCCAGGGCCUGCUGCAGUACUUCCGGCUGGUGGAGGGGUGCCUGGACCUCAUCCGCGACCGCGAGUCCCGGGGCAACUUCACCUACGCCGCCGUCCUCCGCACCCGCGUCGACGGCUUCUGGACCGCGCCGCUCCGCCUCGACGACCUCCUCCUCCCCGCCGCCGCGAACGGCUCCUACUACGUCGUCCCGGAGGGCUCCCGCUUCGGCGGCCUCAACGACCGCCUGGGCUUCGGCGGCCGGCGCGCCACGGACGCCGCGCUCUCCCGCCUCUCCGCGCUCCCGCGCCUCGCCGCGGCCGGCUACCGCGGCCUCAACUCCGAGGCGGCGUUCCGCGCGCAGCUCGACGUCGCGGGCGUCGCCGGCCUCGAGCGCCGCCUCCCGUUCUGCGUGCUCAGCGACCGCGCCUACGCGUUCCCGCCCGCGCUCGGCUACGGCGUGCCCGUGGCGUCGCUGGCCAGCGCCGGCCCGCUCAGCGGGGCCAAGUGCCGGCCCUGCCGCCCGGCGUGCCGCGGCGAGUGCGCGGCGCGGAGCGUGGACGCGCUGGAGGGCGGGUGGAGCUGGACCGAACACGGGAACGGGACGGCCGUGGAGCUCUGCGAUGCCUCCGGCCCGUGGGAGGACGGGUGGGAGGCGCUGUUCGACGAGGCCGCCGGCGCCGACGCCGCGGCGGCCAGGCGGAGGGUGGCGCGGAUGGGGGCCAGGGAGUGCGUGGCGGAGAUGGAGGCGUUCAAGGCGCGGGCCGAGCGGUGGGACGCGCCCAGCCCUGUGGAGAUUUGCCGGAUCGGGCUCAUAGCCAGGUCAUCAGCGGCGGCGUCAAGUAGCUCCGGCGGCGAGUCUUGAAUUCUUCUUGAUCUGUUGUCGGACGGUGACAGGACUCCCGAGACUAACCUUGGACCGUGACUGACAGUUCAGUUUGCCCACGAUAGCUAGAAAGGGUAGGUAGUUCCGCAAGACAGAUAAACCAGGGGGUAAAAGCGGAAUCAAGCAGUUGGGAUCGUGACAUAUAUGUAUACAUAUUACAUACAGACAUAUUGAGAAAUUCUUCUGUACAAAUUUGUACAGGUAGCUUUA